AUGGAUCGUUCUCGAAAAGACCCUGGGCAUGGCAAGCCUAAAAACGAACUGAAAAUCACCCCGGCCAAGACGCAAGCACUUAUUGAUGUCUCGACACCGUCGCCCCAUGCUCCUCGCUUCGGUGACAAAACUACCCCGAUGAUGUCUACUAUGGUCAACAUGAACCAAAACCCGCCGCUCCGAAAGCCAGCGGCGACCAAUUUCAUGGACAGCAGCAAGUUCGUGUCGAUGAACUCGACCACGACCCACGCUGUGGGCAACUGCAGGAGCCACAACCGUCGCUCCCGUCGCCGCCGGGCCAAUGUGGACGCCAUGAUGCGUUCGAACAUGGUUCGCCAGAGUUUGACGUUGCCCGCAUCAAGCGUGUCGUCUGCUUCCAGUGCAGCCCAUAAGAAAUGCCGUGUUGCUCCGCCUGCUGGCAAGGACGACAUGUACGGCCCACCUCCCGGAAGCGAUGUAGAGACCGUGCCAAUCCCUGGCGACUGCAACUUUGAGCAGAAGUACAAUGUAGCCAUGAGCAUGGACGAGAAGGCGUUCACGCCCAUGGAGAAGCUCGAAGCACUACGCGACGCGAUGGGCAACUUCACUGACAAAGAUGGAUACAUUGAACGCGAGACUUUUUCGCAGGCGUUUGAAGUGGACGGCAAUGAAUUCGACGGCUAUGCUACCAGCACUGGCACGAUCGAUGGCAAUGCCAUCUUAAUUGAUGCUGUGAUGAAGCUCGGAGUGAAUGCUCAGGAGAAACUACGUUUUAUCUUUGACACACUGGAUCCUGACAACACCGGUUACGUAGUCGAAGAGCAAAUCGUUCAGCUACUUGAGUCGAACUUCUCCAGUGCAAAGAUCGACGUUGUGGGCAUGGAAUUCAGGACGGUGGCCAAGCUCAUGUUCCGCAAGGCUCGCGUUCAAAACGAUGCGAUGACGUUCAAGCAGUUCUGUGGGGUGUUCGAGCCGUAUGUGACGGCCUCCUACCACCUUGAAGAAGCGAAGCCCGUGUACUCAGCCCCAAUUCGUCCCAAGAGCAAGUUUGGUCAGUGGUACAGUGACAACAAGCUCCGCAUAUGGUGGCUCUUCUUCUACUUUAUCGUGAACAACAUUGCCUUCUGGGUGAAAUGGUUCAUGUACGAGGUCGACCCGGCCAUCGGUUGGGGUCUCCGUAUCGCGCGUGCCAACGCACAGGUUGCUAUGCUUAAUUGCGUGUUCGUGUUGCUGCCGAUGUGUCGUUCCAUCACUCAGGUGAUGAAGCGCAGCAAGCUUUUGUGGCGCAUUAUCCCGUUUGACGACCAUAUCGCGUUUCACAAAAUCUCGGGUAGCGUGCUGCUUAUUGCUGGCCUCAUCCAUACGAUCGCUCACGUGUUCAACGAGAUCUACUUGUACCUGAUCGCCACCCCGGACGAGGUCAAGCGCUCCAUUUUCGUCACUCGUCACGUUUCGACGUUCGUAAACGGUGAACGCCCUCCGUUCACUACGAUGCUGCAGGCUCUACCAGUCUGGACGGGUGUGAUUCUCCUCGUUAUCACUUGCAUUUCAUUCCCGCUAGCUGCGAUCCCCAAGUUCCGUCAAGGUAGAUUCAACCUCUUCUGGUACUCACACAUGCUGUUUGGACCUUUCCUGAUUGUGCUGGCCUUCCACGGAGCAACGUCGUGGCUUGCUCGUUGCUCAGCCUACAUCUGGAUCACACCUCCGUUCCUCAUCUAUCUGAUCGAACGUCGUUUCCGCUAUGCCAAGAUGUUUGCUGCACCCGUGCGUAUCAUGGAAGCCAUAGAACUUGACGGUACUGUGGCCUUGUUCGUCGAGAAACCCCGUCGAUUCGUCUACAGACCGGGCAUGUACUUGUACCUCAACUGUCCUCAGGUCUCGUCCCACGAGUGGCAUCCAUUCACUAUUUCGUCGGCUCCUGGUGACAACUACAUCAGCAUUCACAUUCGUGUGUGCGGUGACUGGACGGAUGCCAUUUCUCGUGUUAUUGCGGACUGCCACGCGUGCAAUCUCCAGUACCCUGACGUGUAUCUUGAUGGUCCGGUUGGUGCUCCGACUCAGGACUAUCACCGCUACAAAACGGUGAUCUGCAUCGGCGGUGGCAUUGGCGUCACCCCGUUCGCGUCAAUCUUGAAAGAUGUGGUUCACCUGUGGGAGGACAACCGCUGUCAUAAUUGCAACCACAUUCGUCAUCCAAGCUCGUUCCAGAUCCAGAAGCUUUACUUCCAUUGGGUGACUCGUGGUCAGGAAUCUCUCAGUUGGUUUGAAGGUACCAUGAAGCAGAUCACCGAAAUGGACCGGGACAACGUGAUUGAGACGCAUCAGUAUUUGAGUACUGUGGUGUUGGGCGGCGAAGAGAACACCUCGCAGCUCAAGAUGUUCCAGGAGUUCGUGCACGAACAGACAGGCAAGGAUUUCGUUUCUGGAAUGGACACGAAGCAGCUCACGCACUUUGGUCGGCCAGACUGGGAUAAGAUUUUCGCGGAAGCUAGAGCCAAGCAUCCAGGUGAAGAGGUUGGUGUGUUCUGUUGCGGACCGCACGAGCUGGAAGAUGUGCUGUACAAUGCGUGCAAGAAGUACUCGUCCUCGAAGGCGGAAGGCACCAUCUUCGACUUCCACUCGGAGAAAUUCGCGUAAGUUGACUGUUGCUGUUUCUCCCACGCUGCUGAACGAAAGCGGGCGUACACAUGCAUUGAUCGUAGUUGUAGUAUUUGGAUAUCUUUUUACAGAAGUGAAGUAGUAAGUACUUGUGGAU